AGUGCACGAGAAUAUACCUUUCCCUUGGUAUCGCCGGAGGUGAUGUGUGCUUGCUCUUCGCUAUUGCAACAGGGAGCCAUAACAGAGGAUAGACCGCGCAUUCCACGAGUGCGAGUAGUGUGUAUUUAACUUUUAAAUUUCGUGUCAGCAUGAUGCUUAGCGACGGAGGAAUGCCAACUUGCGCAUCGUAUCAUACAAUGUUUUCUAAAAAGAAAAAGAAGCCUAUCAUAUCUGCACCCACAAAUUUUGAACACCGUGUUCAUACUGGCUAUGACAGGAAAGAAGGAAAAUUUGUUGGUCUUCCUCCUCAGUGGGCAAGCCUUAUUCAACCACAUUCAAACCGGCCUAAACCUAUUAUUGAUCCAUCCCAGAUUACUCCAGUUGAGAUGAUGGACAUCAAAUCACAUACUAUUGUGCGUGGAAGCUAUGUGUCUGGAAGUACACAUCGAAAUGGUCCAGUUUCCGUAACUAGGUCAAACUCUUUAAGAAAAGAAAGUCCACCCCAAAUACGCAGAGACUACCUAAGCCGCCUUCCUCCUCCUGUUCCAGAAGAUGAAGUUCACCAUGUUGGUCCACAUCCUCCUCCUGGAGGCCCUCCUGUUUACCAGGGUCAUUAUCCUCAUCAUCAUGGGCAUCAGCAUUUAGGUCAUAUACAUUUACCAAACAGUGGUCACAUGCAUCCUCUAGGUCAUCGAAAUGAAAGCAGACGAGAUGCAUCUCCAUUUGGACAAGAAAGAGUGCCAAAAGGUAGUGGUCCUGUUCCGUAUGAGGCACAUGGAGAUCAUACACGUCCUCCUGAAAAAGACAGUGAAUGGGAUCAUGAGCAAGGAUAUCACACAGAGGUUCCAUCCAAAAUGCCACCUGUACCACCUUCCCACCAACCUCAGUAUCCCUCUCACCCACCACCUGUGCAUCGUGGACAGAUGCCAAAUGGCAAUCCUCAAGUGCCUCCUAAAAGUUACCCUGAUACUCAGUCAAGUAAUCAACAAAAUGUCUUGCAAAAUAAUAACCAGAUCGAUAAAAGUAAUACUUUGUCUGGUGGAAAACAUUCACGGCCUCAAAUUCCUCAGUCACAGCCACCAAAAGAACUCCCUGUAGCACCUGUAGAACACAAAGAAAAUAAAGAGUUAGUAAAACCUGAAAUGCGACCUUCUAAUAAUAAUAAACAAGUUGGAGGGCAAAACCAUAUUGAACAGCAGAGGUUAUCUCAUGAGCAGUUUCGUGCUGCUUUACAAAUGGUUGUUAGCCCUGGUGAUCCUAGAGACAAUCUCGAAAAUUUCAUAAAAAUUGGUGAAGGAUCAACUGGAAUUGUUUGUAUUGCAUCAGAAAUUUCAACUGGUCGCCAAGUUGCUGUUAAGAAAAUGGAUCUGCAUAAGCAGCAACGACGGGAGCUGUUAUUUAAUGAGGUUGUAAUCAUGAGAGAUUAUCAUCAUCCAAAUAUUGUUGAAAUGUUUGAUAGCUUCCUUGUGGGUGAUGAAUUAUGGGUAGUAAUGGAGUUUUUGGAAGGAGGUGCUUUAACUGAUAUAGUGACACAUGCUAGAAUGGAUGAAGAGCAAAUUGCUACUGUUUGUAAGCAGUGUCUCAAGGCUUUAGCGUUUCUUCAUUCUCAGGGUGUUAUUCACAGAGAUAUCAAAAGUGAUUCUAUUCUACUUGCUAAUGAUGGCAGAGUAAAACUAUCUGAUUUUGGCUUUUGUGCACAAGUUUCAAAUGACCUUCCCAAUAGGAAAUCACUUGUUGGCACACCUUAUUGGAUGGCUCCAGAAGUAAUAUCUCGUUUACCCUAUGGCCCAGAGGUGGAUAUUUGGUCCUUGGGAAUAAUGGUAAUCGAAAUGGUUGAUGGUGAACCUCCAUUUUUCAAUGAACCUCCACUGCAAGCUAUGAGAAGGAUACGAGAUAUGCCACCACCAAAACUUAGAAAUACACAUAAGGUGUCACCAAGACUUCAAGGCUUUUUAGAAAAAAUGUUAGUACGUGAUCCAUCACAGCGAGCUACUGCUUGCGAGUUACUGCAGCAUCCUUUCCUUAUGCAGGCUGGUGCACCUAGCCUUUUAGUGCCUCUUAUGCGGAGCUUUCGACACAGUCCUUGUUAAAAUUUUCCUUAAAAUUUAGAGUAACUGUGUUAAAAUAUGUUUCUUUAAAAUUUAUUUAUAUGUUUUCUUUAUUGUAAAACAUUUUUUUUUUUUUUUAAAUCUGUGCCAUGACUUUUGCAUCUUGAAAGAAAAUAUUGAAUUGAUAAAACCUCUGCAUACAAUAGUUAUGGACACAAAUAAUGUACUGUAUUUUUGCAUUAUGUAUCAAAAAAUGGCUCUGAAAUGUGCCAUUUAUUUUUGUAAAUACUCAUGGUUUUAAAAAGGUGACCAGUAUGCUGUCAAAUCUCUGUUUAAGAAGAGAAAUGCUGGCAAUUUAUGUAAAAAUUUCACAUUAAUGCAAUUUUAUCAUAACUCAUCUAAUUUUUUUACCAGACUUUAACAUUCAUUUCAUCUGAAUGUCGGAUGAAUUCAUUUGUAAUUAAUAAUGUAUAAAUAAUUUUGUGGUGGAAAGUGUCUUAUCUGGUAUUUAAAACUUGAUAUGUGCAGACUGUAGAAACAGAAAUAUCUUUAAUGUUUAUAUGAAAUACAUGAUAUAUUUAUUGCUGUGAAAAAUUACUUUUUUAUGAAUGAAUUAGUAUUUUUAGCUUAAUCUUGCCUUUUAGUAUUAUGCAAUGUAAAUAACAUUUUAAAAUUUAGCUUAUGGUAAUAGCUAUGUAAUGUAUUAUUUAAAAGGCUGCUGUUUGUUAUGUUCAUGAAAUGAACGUUUUCCUCCUCUGACCUGCCAUUUUAAUAUUCUAGAAUUUCUUUUACUGUAUUUUCAAAUUUUUAUUAGUUUUCCUUGGCUUUAUCAUGUUUACUGGUUACUUUUUGUUUUGUGGUCCAUGUUUUGAUUUGAAAUCAUUUAACUGAACUUAAGUUCUUUGUCUUUGUUAAUAAAGAAUUUUUCAUUUGAAAUAUUUUAAAUAUAUAUCAUAUAUGUAUCAGGAUAUCAAAAGAGAUGGAAAUACGGUACCUUAUGCUAAAUUUAUCUUUUAAAUACCUGAUAUAUUAUGUGAUUACAUAUAUAUAUUGAUAAAUAUUAUAAAUACUUAUCAAUGUAUGAAUCCUAAUUAUAUUACCAUAAUUCAUAAACGUGAAAUUUGCAAGU